AUGUCGUUGGAGGCAAUGUUGGACGAAGAGCGUAGAGAUGUUCUGGCUCUACUGGAGGCUUCUUCGAAAGCUAAAGCUGCUGCAAAAGCCGCCGAGCGCGCUUCUUCGCCAUUCGCCAACCAAAGAAUGCCUGUACGAAGCAUGCUUGAUGUGGGUGAUGCGCCUUCUGUCAGACGUUCAUCAGCUGGAAGUGGAUCACCCAGCUCUACACGAAAACCUGUACGAAGUAUGUUAGAUAUUACCAGUCCGCCACUGUCUCCUCCCCCAAUUCGAAGUAUGCUGGAUGUCAGCAGCAACAGCAAUGGAAAUAGCAGUAGUAAUGAGAAGGUGCAUACAACCGUCUCGACCAGAAGCGCCCAGACAUCACCUACAGAUCCGAAUCAGAGAACCAAGACACAGCACCCAAGAAGCUUGUCAGAUGCUGCUUCACGGCCCUCGGAAUUUGGUCCAAGAUCAUCCUCUGGAAGGAAAGAAGACGCAUACCAAUUUUCUGGGUACUUACCAACUAAUCUCGGGGCUGUUAUGCCAAAACGAAAUACCCAAGGCGGAAAGAAAUCCUCCUUACCAAAUGCCAUGUCAGAAGUCUUUGGGAGCCGGGAUAGAGGACGACAUUCCAUUGCAAGCACGGGUAUCGGAAUGGGCAACUCCAAGUCGAAGUCUCCUCACAACCGCUUCAGUUUGCGGUCAAGCUCUCCCUCGCUAGGAUCAGACACAGACCUUGUUUUAGACAAUGGCACUGUCAUCGAUUCAAACAAUGCGUAUCGAAAGCUUUCUGACGCCAACCUUGCCCAGUCUAAGGGCGGUUUGUCCGUUUUGGCAGAGAAAAGUCAGCGUAGACGGGCAGCUAACAAUGUUGGAGAUGGGCCUUCGGGAUCUAGACUACAGAAAGAUUAUACGGUUGCAGACGGCGAGCAUGGACUUAGCAGCGACGACGAUUCUGAUGAAGAAGGACGUGGAAGGAAGAAGACCAUGAGGAAAGGCAGCGACAAUGAAAAGUCAACUCUCGGUAUGGGACGAGCCAAAGGACCCAGGACAGCCCUCAGUCUCAUGGCUGCAGCUGAGGAAGAACGUCAACAGAUUGCAGCUAAGCACGACGAUCAUUCAGUCCGGUCACUGCUAGAGCCUGAGAUCACAGUUACCACUCCUGCUGGUGACAGAGUUCUCAAGACUAGUAAGCCCGGUGUCCACCCCAACACCAGCUUUGAUGAUGCAACGUCAGGACUUAACACUCCAGUAGAUUCAGAUACCGAAGCUGAUCUUACGGAUAUCAAACGUGCUCAAAAGUUGUCGAUUAACAUGACCUCGAUCGUUUCCACACCUGCUACCAGUCGCUGUGUACGGACUAUCUACCGUGGCGAGUUCCUACAGAUGCAGAAAGAAGCGCAAGAGAAUCAUCGUCGGGUUCGAAAGUACUUAGUAGCUACUGAUCUUAGCGAAGAAGCAGCUCAUGCUCUGGAAUGGACGAUUGGGACGGUUCUUCGAGACGGUGAUACACUUCUUGCAAUUUAUUGCGUGGACGAAGAACUUGGAAUUGCGCCGAACGACGGAAGUGCGGAUGAUGCCCUCCAAAAAGAUCAAGUUUCUGCUAUUGCAGCAUCUGCACGACCUUCCGUCUCUACUCCUAACCUCAACCCUGUCCACACUCCAAGCCCUCUGGGCCAUGGCUCUGGAAUGGAGACGAGUAGUGAGACGGUUAGUCCAAUGGGCAGAGACAAGCCCAAAGCAGAACAGGAGCGCUACAGAGCUGUGCAAGACAUCACAGACAGGGUCGCAAAACUCCUUAGGAAAACGAAGCUUCAAGUAAAAGUUGUUAUCGAGGUUAUCCAUUGCAAGAGUCCAAAGCACUUGAUCACGGAGGUGAUCGAUUUCAUCUCUCCUACGUUAGUGAUCUUGGGCAGUAGAGGAAGGAGUGCUCUCAAAGGUGUUAUCCUUGGUUCCUUUUCCAACUACCUCGUUACCAAGUCCUCGGUCCCUGUUAUGGUUGCACGUAAGCGUCUCCGUAAACACACCAAGUACAAACGUCCUCCUGUGCGUCUUGCCAAUAAUCUUGCGAACCCGGUAGUCAAAAGCCUGGCUUCAGCAAAGAUUGACUAG